AUGCAAAAUACACUACAAACCCCAAAAAAUUUGAAGGAGCCAUAUUUUAAAUUAGAGACUAAUCUUGAUCCUUCUAACCUUGUUCAAGCUUCUGAACUUCUUUUGAAUUGUUUAAGUCCCAAGUUAAAGCAGUCAUUUCGUUUGGUAAUUACCUUAUCAGAAGAAAAAGCAAGUUUUAAACUUUGCCUGGAUCCCUCAUUAUGGUUCGAUGUUUAUCUCCAAACUGUGACCGAUUUUGCUGAAGCGGUUAACAUUGCCAGACAAUAUGUUACAACUACACGCUUAAACAUUUCACCCGAGGAAGAAGCUCCGUUUAUUAUCGAUUAUAAAGAGACAGUAAAAGACAAAGCAUUUAUUAUUUGUCCAUACGCUUCUACUUGUAGAAAUGGGUCGAAUUGUGAGAAAGAUCAUCCUAAAAUAUAUUGUGAUGGUAAAGUCAUAACUCGAGAUGGAAGAACAUCUAAAUGUAACUUUUAUUUUACUACAAAACUUGUUAUAGAUGAACUUAGCAAUGAUAAGUAUGUUGUAAUGUUACGAAGGGAACCAUUUAGAGAAUUACUGUUGAUUCCACAUCCUAAUUUUCAAGCAAAGAACUGUGGACAUUAUAAUAAUGAAACCUUAGUACAACAAGAGACAUUUUGGAAAGAGUUGUUGAAUAAACAACAGACUUUAAACUUUCAUUCCAUAGCAAUUAACUAUGGGGCAUGGGAAACUGGACAGUCACAAAAUAAAUAUGCACAAGAGUGCCAUGCGCAUAGAUUAUCCUGGACCAAAUUAUUUACUACAGAGUUAGAAGAGAAAAGAUUGCGAUCAGCAGAACACCAACUUAUGCUGAAGGCUAUUUCUAAUAUAACAUCAACUAUGAAUGAAAAUACAAAAGCACUUAUAAAAGAAAUGUCAUCAGUAAAAGAGAAUAACAAUGAAAAUACUAGAGCAAUUAUAGAAGCAAUGUAA